GCGCGCACGCUCCCAAGGCUCGGUAGGAGGGGGGUGGGGGGAGGAGGAGAAGGAGGGGAAGGGAGGGGGGAUCGGUGUCUACUUUGGUGAGUAGACGGCGGUGGGGCACGAAGAGCUCGAAGGCCAGGCGGGUGAACUCUGCUCUUGUCCUAGAGCCAGCGGGAGGGUUCAGAACCGAGUCAGCACACCUGGCGAGUAGGAGUCGGGCUGCUGAGACGUAGAAGUCCUCAGGGGGCGAAGCCCCGGCCUAGGCCCCGCGGAGAUGUCCAGCUGUGGCGCUUGUACUUGCGGCGCGGCGGCCGCCCGGCUCAUCACCUCUUCACUCGCCUCCGCGCAGAGAGGUGUUUCUUGCGGCCGCAUUCAUAUACCAGUUUUAGGAAGGCUUGGGACCUUUGAAACCCAGAUUCUGCGAAGAGCUCCUCUUAGAACCUUUACAGAAACACCAGCAUACUUUGCCUCAAAAGAUGGGAUAAGUAAAGAUGGCUCUGGUGAUGGAAAUAAGAAAUCAGUGAGUGAGGGAAGCAGUAAGAAAUCAGGCUCUGGGAAUUCUGGGAAAGGUGGGAACCAGCUGCGCUGUCCUAAAUGUGGUGACUUGUGCACACAUGUAGAGACCUUUGUAUAUAUUCUGGGUCUAGUUCAGCUGGCGGAUGAGCUGAUUGAUGCAUUCACCUCAAUAGCCAGAGCCUGCUUUGCCUGGGCUAAGAAGGUGCUUUCAGUUGCUGUGUACAAUCAUUAUAAGAGAAUAUAUAAUAAUAUCCCAGCUAAUCUGAGACAGCAAGCAGAAGUUGAGAAGCAGACAUCAUUAACACCUAGAGAAUUGCUUCAGAUUGCUGGAAUUAGCCCACAUGGUAAUGCUUUAGGAGCAUCAAUGCAGCAACAGGUAAAUCAACAAAUACCUCAGGAAAAACGAGGAGGUGAAGUAUUGGAUUCUUCUCAUGAUGACAUAAAACUUGAAAAAAGUAAUAUUUUGCUGCUUGGACCAACUGGGUCAGGUAAAACCCUGCUGGCACAAACUUUAGCUAAAUGCCUUGAUGUCCCUUUUGCUAUCUGUGACUGUACAACUCUGACUCAGGCUGGAUACGUAGGUGAAGAUAUUGAAUCUGUGAUUGCCAAGCUGCUCCAAGAUGCCAAUUAUAAUGUAGAAAAGGCACAACAAGGAAUUGUCUUUCUGGAUGAAGUAGAUAAGAUUGGCAGUGUGCCAGGCAUUCAUCAGUUACGGGAUGUAGGUGGAGAAGGCGUUCAGCAAUAUCUUGGAUUUGGAACCCCUUCUAAUCUGGGAAAAGGCAGAAGGGCUGCAGCUGCUGCAGACCUUGCUAAUCGAAGUGGAGAAUCAAAUACUCACCAAGACAUUGAAGAAAAAGAUCGGUUAUUACGUCACGUGGAAGCCAGAGAUCUCAUUGAAUUUGGCAUGAUUCCUGAGUUUGUGGGACGAUUGCCUGUGGUAGUUCCUUUGCAUAGCCUAGAUGAGAAAACACUUGUACAAAUACUGACUGAGCCACGUAAUGCUGUUAUUCCUCAGUACCAGGCCUUAUUCAGCAUGGAUAAGUGUGAACUGAAUGUUACUGAGGAUGCUUUGAAAGCUAUAGCCAGAUUGGCACUAGAACGAAAAACAGGUGCACGAGGCCUUCGGUCCAUAAUGGAACAGCUGUUACUAGAACCAAUGUUUGAAGUCCCUAAUUCUGAUAUUGUUUGUGUGGAGGUUGACAAAGAAGUAGUAGAAGGAAAAAAGGAACCAGGAUAUGUGCGGGCUCCAACAAAAGAAUCCUCCGAAGAGGAAUAUGACUCUGGUGUUGAAGAAGAAGGAUGGCCUCGCCAGGCAGAUGCUGCAAACAGCUAAAGUGUCAGAUUCCUGUCCUGUAUAUAAAGCUUUUCCUUCUUUUGUUUAGGAUCAUAACUGUCUCUACAGUCUGAUAUUAAAGGCAUUGGAUCUAUCUUGGCUAUCAUACAUGGUCAGAGAAGCCUUUAGGAUAAGAAUCAGAUCAUGUAUAUUAUUGUAACAUCACAUCGAUUUAUACAGAGGACAUUAUGUGGACUUUAAUGAUACAAUGUUUAGAGAUAAAUGUACAUUAUUUUGGUUCAGUUUUUAAAAAAUAUGCUUUAACAAAAUUCUUAGGAAUUCUUUUAAGCAAUGCAGGUAUUGCAAUAACUGUGGAUUUUACAAUAAUGUUACUCUACAAAUGGGAAAAUAAAUUCUUUAAAAUUAAAUGUUG